GUCAACUGGUAUGGUGAAUGCAUUCUCCUCCUAAAAUGAUGUAGACCUUCACUUGCUUCAUACGUAUCCCUCUCAGGCGAUGAUUCUCACUCAACCCAUAUUCGUAUUCCGCUUACCCAUCAAAAAGCGGGGGACAUUGGAGCUUUUUACAGAGACAACCCCCUGCACUGAUGCUUCAGUUCUCUCUUCAUCAGAUGCUCUGUGACAUCAAACCCAAUCGCUCUUUCCUCAGUUUCCCUAAUUCCUCUGUUAUAACGAAGCUCUCUCUCUCUCUCUCUCUCUCUCUCUCUCUCUCUCUCUCUCUCUCUCUCUCUCUCUCUCUCUCUCUCUCUCUCUCUCUGUUCCCAAACAGCAUUCUGUUUCAUGUAACAUGAAUUGCAAACCCCAGAAUUAGAUCAUCUCACGAGGGAAGCCAUCAUGCCGUUCGGUUUGGUCUCGACAUGGAACAAGCGACGGAGAAGCAAAUCCCUGGAGCAGGCGGACCCCUGGACUUAUAAGCCGGUGAAGCUCUGGCAACUCGAAGAUCAAUCACUACAAACCUCAAAGCGGCGCAAUGGCUCGUCCGUGUUCACGCUGAAAGAAAUGGAAGAGGCGACGUCAUCUUUUGACGAUGCCAACUUGGUAGGGAAAGGAGGGUUUGGAAGAGUUUACAAGGGGAUUCUCAGGUCAGGACAGGUGGUUGCCAUCAAGAAAAUGGAGCUGCCACCAUCUAAAGAAGCUGAUGGAGAACGGGAGUUCCGGGUUGAAGUCGAUAUCUUGAGCCGCCUCGAUCACCCCAACCUGGUGUCGUUAAUCGGCUAUUGUGCCGACAGAAAGCAGAGGUUCUUGGUGUAUGAAUAUCUGCCAAAUGGGAACCUGCAAGAUCACUUGAAUGGAAUUGGGGAUUCAAAGAUGGAUUGGCCUUCAAGGCUCCAAGUAGCAAUAGGAGCAGCAAAGGGGCUAGCCUAUCUCCAUUCAGGUUCAGCUGUGGGAAUCCCGAUUAUCCACAGAGAUUUCAAAUCUACCAACAUACUUCUAACGGCAGAUUUUGAGGCAAAGAUAUCCGAUUUUGGACUCGCCAAGCUGAUGCCCAAGGGCCAGGAAAUAUGUGAGACUGCUAGAAUGCUUGGUACUUUCGGCUAUUUCGAUCCUGAGUAUACAUCGACAGGAAAACUCACUCUGCAAAGUGAUGUGUACGCAUUUGGUGUGGUGCUCCUCGAACUCUUGACCGGACGAAGAGCAUUGGACUUAAAUCAGGGUCCAAAUGAUCAGAAUCUAGUACUUCAGGUAAAGAAUUUACUGAACGGCCGGAAAAAAUUGCGCAAGAUUAUGGACCCAGACCUCACUCAAAAUUCGUACACACUGGAGUCCAUAGCCAUGUAUGCUAACCUAGCAUCACGCUGUGUCCGACCUGAGAGUAGCGAGAGACCCUCCAUGGGAGAAUGUAGAUUUGUCCCCAUUGGAUACUGCCAGAUUGAAUUGCUUUAUGCAACCUCAUCUUUAUCACGAUUGUCUACAACUCAUACCAUAUCUUAAAGAAUAUGCAUGGUGAAUCCAAUUUCAAGAAGAUAUAUCAUGAUAACUCAAAAUGAAGGCAGAAAUCAUGUUAAAGCAGCAAGAUCAAAAGAAAGCAAGUAAUGAAGCUUUCUUCUUCGUAAAAUCAUGGCACAUUUCAUCCCCAGUCAAAGUUGAUAGAGGCAGAGAUAAAACAGGAGAUCUCUAGAAACUUGAAGUUAUUAUGAAAUUGCACUAAAAAAGAAUUAAGAAAUAAAUUAGAUUCUUGUUCGAGUCAAAGGGUCAGCCUAAGUGAAUACUUAAACAACUGACACCAAUAUGAACAAUCUGAACAUAAAAGGGAGUGGGAAAAUGAAACAGGACAUCUAUAGAAACUUGGAAGAGAGUAUUUCGAAGAAGGAAAACCAUGAUUAUCAUUUAAGUCGGACACUGUACAAAGAUGAUUGAUUCAAAAUUUACAGAAGGGGAAUAAUAAGGAACUGUGAUUUUCCUUGGCAACUAGGAAAAUUGUAUGGUGUGACAUUACCUCCAC